AAGAUAAAACAGGCCAAAGGAUAAAUCAAAUUCUCAACCAUAAACUUAUUGGUAUGUUGUGUUCAAAUGGAUUUGUAUUAUCUGUCCCAUUGGCCAAAACUUAUCUACAUAAUAAGUCUCCCAAGUUUGCUAAUUGUGCUCCUUUGUUAUUAAAGGCUGAGUGUUACCAUUACCUAUUUGAUGCUGUGAUUAAACUUAAUCAGUUGGGACUGGACUCGACUACACGAACUCAUGGUCCCAUUCGUAACUCCGAUGGUGCUUUAAGCAGCAUUCGAAAUGUCAAGCUGUCCGCGAAAGCAAGAGCUCUUGCUUCAAAUGGUGACAUUGAGCCAUUAAGGCGGUGCAUCGUUUUGGAUAUUGAAGGAACCACAACGCCCAUAUCAUUUGUUACGGAUGUUCUUUUUCCUUAUGCUCGUGAUAACGUGGGGAGACAUUUGGAUGCAACUUAUGAUUCAGCAGAAACACAGGACGAUAUUAAGCUACUACGAGCUCAAGUACAAGAAGACUUGGAAAAUGGUGUUGCUGGUGCCGUGCGUAUCCCCUCUAGUGAUGCUGGCAAGGAGGAGGUAAUCGCAGCUUUGGUAACAAAUGUCGAGGCAAUGAUUAAAGCUGACCGAAAAAUUACUGCCUUAAAGGCGUUACAGGGACAUAUAUGGCAAACGGGGUUUAAAAAGAACGAGUUAGAGGGAGUUGUUUAUAAUGAUGUGCCCGAAGCGCUUGAGAGAUGGGCUGCUUUAGGCGUCAAGGUGUACAUAUACUCAAGCGGCAGCAGAUUGGCGCAAAGGCUUUUGUUUGGUUACACAAACUAUGGUGACCUGAGAAAAUAUCUCUGCGGAUUUUUUGAUACGACAGUAGGGAAUAAGAAAGAAACAAAAAGUUACCAUGAAAUUACAGCAUCAUUGGGGGUAGAUCAUCCAUCGGAGAUUUUGUUCGUGACUGAUGUCUAUCAAGAAGCUAUAGCUGCAAAGACAGCGGGUUUGGAAGUGAUAAUAUCUGUUAGGCCAGGGAAUGGACCUCUUCCAGAUAAUCAUGGAUUUAGAACAAUCAAGUCAUUUUCAGAGAUCUAAAGAUGAAAUAUAUAUUGCUAUGAGACAUUCUUUACCCCACCCCCCACCCCCACCCCCACCCCACCCCCAAGUGUAUAACAACGUACUCAGUGUAAUCGCACAAGCGGGAUCUGAAAAGGGUGGUGUACGUAGAUCUUCCCUCCGUGUGAUACUAACCGCGUCCUAAAGGGAUCCUUGUCGACAUCAAUAAACUUAGUUUGAAGAGGCUCGUA